GAUAUCGUCUCUUAGCCUGUCCACCUCCAUCAGAUCUUAAAAUCCCAUCUUGAGUUCUCCUUUUUUCUCCCUUUCUUCAUUGUUUAACUCCAUUUCUGCUUAUGCGUUAUGGUGUUUUGGUACACAAGAGGCUGCUUUUAUUCAAGAAAAGAGUGCUGUGAUGAAGCAAAUUGUUUGUGGACUAGAGUUUCUGAUCUGGGCUUCUUCUCCCGGAACUUGAUUACUAACCCUUGGCUGUCUGAGCACCCUUCUUUUUUCUCUCAUUCCUUUUAUAUCCCACUUCUUUUUCCCUUGGUUUUGCUUCUUUUGGGUUUGUUUUCGUGGGAUAAAUUUGGUGUUCUGGAGAAAAAGAUUUUCCUUAUGGGCAAUCGGGCUUAUGAUGAUAACAGUUAUCUUAGCGGAUUUCAGUGAGAUUAUUAAGUCAAUGAUCUGAUUGUUACACACACUGAAGCCCUUCUAAUUAAAAUCCAUUUCGUGAUCGAUGUUUUUAAUUUUUAAUUUUUUGGCUUUAAUGGAUUUUUUAUCAAAAGGGAUUUGUUGCUAUGAAGAGGUUAAGCACUUGAAAUGUGUUGAAGGGCAGUGGACAGGUACUUGAGUACUUGCCGUGAGCUUUCUUUAAUAACGACUUCUCCUUCCACUGAGCUUCUAAUCCCAUUUUAAAUACAUUGAUCUUAGGUUUAAUUUUGUUUUCAUUGUUAAUUAUGUGUUAAGUCAUUGUGGGCUAAUUAUGUGAAAUGCUGCGCCCAUUACCAAUUCUGGGGGAUUAUCGGUUCCUCUUGGCAUAAUGGCUCGGGUGCCAUAUCCAGUUUGUGGCCUAUCCUGAUUAAUGGCUGAUAUCAGUGCCAUCUAAUCCUGGAAACACCACAUACAUUUUCUUGUCUAACAAACCCUUGCUUAUAAUCAAAAGUGAGGCUGUUGGGUUGAUUGAACCUGAUCACUUAAGGGUUUUCUAGAAUUAAAAGUCUAAUCAAGUAAAAAAAUGAAACCUGGACACCGACGGUUUCCGGAGCAGACAUGGAAACCCUUUCUUAUGUGCCCAACGGCUAUUUUUUGUACAGCUUUGUACCAAUUUCCAUUCGGAAUCCGGAACAGACAUGGAAACCCUUGCAUUUCCUUUCUAUAAAAAGACUUCGUUAGGUAAACAAUUUCACACUUUCUCUGCUAAUCGGUUUUCUUCCAACUCCAAGCAAGUAUUUCAAGCGAAAGCAUGGAGCCAUCGUCAUCUGCUGUCUAUUCAACUCAGUUUCUUGCCAAAAAGGUUACUGUAGAGUUCAUUAUUGUCAAGGAAUCUCAUGUUGGCUUACAAGUUAGUAGACAACAAUUCCUGUUGGGACUGUGGGAGUUGGUGUUGAGAAAUCAUAGAUACAAGCAAAUGUUUACCAACGCAGACAUCAGUUUAUCUUCAGCCAUGAAAGCUACUCUGCACUUCGCCAUCUCUGAUCAAGCUCGUAAACUCCACGGUGAAAUUGACCACAUAUUUGUCUGCGUUCUGCACCCGAGGUUCAAUAUCAUGACUGGAAUUCAUGUUGAUGAGGAUAAGGCGGUCUCGUGGGAUGCUGUCGAAAACCCUGAAAAUCCUGUAUUGCCAGCUUGCAAGCCACCGAUUCCAUGCUUGAAGAAAGUAAAGAUUAAGCAACAAGAUCUGGGUUCCAUGAAUGAAGAGCAAUGCUGUGCAAUUUGCUUGCAAGACUUUCCUGAUGGGUCUGAAGCUGCUACUAUUUGAUGCUCUCACCUGUUUCAUUGCCAUUGCAUUGUCAAGUGGCUAUCCAGGAGCACUUCUUGCCCUAUGUGUCGUUCUAAGCUGCCAGUUGGUUGAUUCAAGGACCAAGAUUUGUUGUCUUUUUUGUCUUCUCUUUCCUUGUUUUAAGGAACAGUGCUAUGUUGAUUGUUUUUUAUUCGAUUAAUAUCUUUUCUAAUUCAAUUAAGAAUCUGAACCAAAUCAGACUUUGGAUCAAGUUUUUUAUGACAA